UGCGCGCGAUCGAAAAACAGACGUUCACACGCGCGCGCUUCCGUAAAGUAGUGACAAAGAUGGCGGCCGCCGCCGGAUCAGGCGUCGCAGUUCCUCGCAGUUUUCGUUUGCUGGAGGAACUGGAGGAGGGUCAGAAGGGCGGUGGAGACGGCACAGUGAGCUGGGGCCUUGUGGAUGAUGCCGACAUGUCACUGACUUACUGGGAUGGCAUGAUCAUUGGCCCUCCCAAGACCGUCUAUGAAAACAGGAUAUACUGUCUGAAAAUAGAAUGUGGACCCAGAUACCCAGAGCAUGCCCCUGUGGUCCGCUUUGUGAACAAGAUCAACCUGACCGGUAUAAACAGUUCAACUGGUGCGGUGGAGACAAAGGCGAUGGCAAUGCUGUCCAAGUGGAGCAACACCUACAAUAUCCGCAUGGUGCUGCAGGAGCUGCGACAGCACAUGAUGAUGAAAGAGAACAACAGGCUCUCCCAGCCACCGGAGAGCCAGGUGUACAACAACUGAGGCUCCUGGCUCUCUCUCUCUCUCUCUCUCUCUCUCUCUCUCUCUCCCUCUCUCUCUCUCUCUCUUUCUCUCU